AUGUCUGCCAACAGCAUCAAGGUCGUGGCCCGGUUCCGGCCCCAGAACCGGAUCGAGCUGGAAUCGGGCGGCAAACCUAUCGUGUCCUUCAACUCAGAUGACUCCUGCACUCUUGACUCAAGAGAGGCCCAAGGGUCCUUCACGUUCGACAGAGUAUUCGACAUGGAAUGCAAGCAGCAGGACAUCUUCGACUUCUCCAUCCGCUCCACUGUCGACGACAUCCUCAACGGCUACAAUGGCACCGUCUUCGCCUACGGCCAGACCGGCGCCGGCAAGUCGUACACCAUGAUGGGCACCAACAUCGAUGACGACGAAGGGAGGGGCGUCAUUCCGCGCAUUGUCGAGCAGAUCUUUGCCAGCAUCAUGUCGAGCCCCGGCACGAUAGAGUACACCGUGCGCGUCAGCUACAUGGAAAUCUACAUGGAGCGCAUCCGAGAUUUGUUGGCCCCGCAAAACGACAACCUGCCCGUGCACGAGGAGAAGAACCGAGGCGUGUACGUCAAGGGUCUGUUGGAGAUCUACGUCUCGAGCGUGCAGGAGGUCUACGAGGUUAUGCGGAGGGGCGGCAACGCCCGUGCCGUCGCCGCCACCAACAUGAACCAGGAGUCGUCACGAUCGCAUUCCAUCUUCGUCAUCACCAUCACGCAGAAGAAUGUCGAGACGGGCUCGGCCAAGAGCGGUCAGCUCUUCCUGGUGGAUCUGGCCGGUAGCGAAAAGGUGGGCAAGACGGGUGCCAGCGGCCAGACCCUCGAGGAGGCCAAGAAGAUCAACAAGAGCUUGAGCGCCCUCGGCAUGGUCAUCAACGCCUUGACCGACGGCAAAUCAUCGCACGUUCCCUACAGAGACUCCAAGUUGACGCGAAUUCUCCAAGAAUCCCUGGGUGGUAACAGCCGGACCACCCUCAUCAUCAAUUGCUCCCCCAGCAGCUACAACGACGCCGAAACCCUGAGCACCUUGCGGUUCGGUACGCGAGCCAAGUCGAUCAAAAACAAGGCCAAGGUCAAUGCGGAGCUUAGCCCUGCGGAGCUCAAGCUUCUGCUCAAGAAGGCUCAGGGUCAGGUCACAAACUUCGAGAGCUACAUCCAGAACCUCGAGGGUGAAAUCCAGCUGUGGCGAUCUGGAGAAGCCGUGCCCAAGGAGAGAUGGGUUCUCCCAGGAGCUGCCGAUGGCGUCGCCGGAGCCAAGGCCGAGGCUAGGGCGCGGCCAUCCACCCCGUCACGGCUACCUCCGGAGAGCCGAUCCGAGACUCCCGUCAUCUCUGAGCGCUCCGGCACUCCUAGCCUGACACUAGAGAAGGACGAACGAGAGGAGUUCCUGCGGCGGGAGAACGAGCUGCAGGACCAACUCGCCGAGAGGGAGUCUCAGGCGACUGCGGCCGAGAAGCAGCUGCGUGAGACGAAGGAGGAAAUGUCCUACCUCAAGGAGCACGACAGCAGGCUGGGCAAAGAGAACGAGAGGCUCACGACGGAGGUCAACGAAUUCAAGAUGCAACUAGAGCGCUUGAACUUCGAGGGCAAGGAGGCGGGAAUAACGAUGGAUGCCCUCAAGGAGGCCAACGCCGAGCUCACAACCGAGUUGGACGAGGUAAAGCAACAGCUCCUAGAUGUCAAGAUGAGCGCCAAAGAGAACGGUGCGGCGUUUGACGAAAAGGAGAAGAAGAAGGCCGAGAAAAUGGCCAAAAUGAUGGCAGGGUUCGACCUCGGAGGCGAGGUGUUUAGCGACAACGAGCGGUUCAUCAGCGAGGCUGUUCAGCAAAUCGAUGCCUUGCAAGAGCAAAGCAAAGCUGGCGAUGCCAUCGCACCGGAAGAGUUCAAGGAGCUACGGGCCAAGCUGCUAGAGACGCAGGGCAUCGUCAGGCAGGCCGAGCUGAGCCUGUACGGAGCCUCUUCCAGCGACAUGGACGCCCGCCGGCGGCAGGAGCUGGAAGACAGACUGGAGACGCUGCAGCAGGAGUACGAGGAGCUCCUUGCCCGCAACCUCAACGAGGCCGAUGCGCAAGAGAUCAAGGGGCGCCUUGAAAAGGCCUAUGCCGGUCGACAGACGACGCAGAUGCAGCUGGUCGACGAGCUGAAGGCAGAUCUGGCACAAAAGGCGUCUGAGAACGCCCGGAUGAAGACACUGAUUGAGGACCUGCAGCAGCGCGUCAAGUCCGGGGCGGGCGCGCCAAUGGCCAACGGGAAGACGAUUCAGCAGCAGAUUGCCGAGUUCGAUGUGAUGAAGAAGAGCCUCAUGCGCGACCUGCAGAACCGUUGCGAGCGCGUCGUCGAGCUCGAGAUUUCCCUGGACGAGACGCGCGAGCAGUACAACAACGUGCUGCGGUCUUCCAACAACCGGGCCCAGCAGAAGAAGAUGGCCUUCCUCGAGAGGAAUCUGGAGCAGCUCACUCAGGUGCAGCGCCAGCUCGUGGAGCAAAACUCGGCACUGAAGAAGGAGGUUGCGAUUGCCGAGCGCAAGCUGAUUGCGAGGAACGAGCGCAUCCAGAGCCUGGAGAGCCUCCUGCAGGACAGCCAGGAGAAGAUGGCGGCCGCCAACCACAAAUUCGAGGUCCAGCUGGCCUCGGUCAAGGAGCGCCUGGAGGCCGCCAAGGCGGGCAGUACGCGCGGGCUCAACGCCACGGCAGGUGGCUUCAACUUUGCCGCUGCCGGCAGCCGCAUUGCGAAGCCCCUGCGAGGCGGUGGCGGCGGCGAUGCCCCGCCCAUCGUGCCCACGAUCCAGAACAUCCAGCAGAGCGAGGUUCCAACCAACAAGCGGAGCAGCUGGUUCUUCAACAAGUCGUAG